AUGAGCACCAACCGUUCAACCAAAAUCCCCAACCAAAUGCAGCCUCAACUAACCGCUCUAUGCUCGACUACUUGCACAGAAACCUUCCACUUAGAGCCCUUGACAUGUUCAGUAAGCAACUUCAACUACAUUUGUCUCAUAACAUCGAUGAAGUUACCGUUACCCUUGCUAUCAAGGCCUGUCAAGGGGACCCCAAACCCGGAUGCCAAAUUCACGGGUUCGCAGUUUCUUCUGGGUUUGCUUCGUGAUGAGAACAUCUCUUUGACGCUUAGUGCCAACCCAUCUCAAGGACAGAAAGCAGCACUUAAGAGAAAGUUGACUGCCCUGCAUGAAGUGAUAUGCUCCAAGGCAUCCAUCGAAAAGAUAACCUGA